CACCCUCUGUAGUUCAGUUUAUUUUUCAUAUCUCCAUUCUAAUGUCAAGCUGUCACUGUAUUUCAUCAUUCUAAAUGACCAGAUCCCAUUCUUCCGGAUAUACAAGCGUGAAAUCUCUUAAAGUUUAGUCUGCAGCAUUUUAAGGAGUAAAGUUGGUGUGUGAAGUGCAAGUUUUUUCUGCUCGGCUGUCUUGCGUGUUUGGGGCAGCUUCCUGGAGCAAAGCAGUUACUGCGAUCUAGGGACUGGGGUUUAAACAGUAACUCAUUGACAGAAGCUUCAGAAGACGACUUGUCACAAGAUGAGAAGGCGAUUCAGCAGGAAGGUAUCCCCCAGUAUCAUCAAAGAGUUGGAUGCUUUCCCAAAAGUUCCCGAUGUGUGUGUCCAAACCUCCAUCAGCGGAGGCACAGUUUCAAUGCUCACCUUCACAUUAAUUGCCAUCCUAGCUAUUGGAGAAUUCUCUUUUUUCCAAGAGAGCUGGAUACAAUACAACUAUCAAGUUGACACAAAUAUUUCCAGCAAGCUCCAAGUAAAUCUCGAUAUCACAGUGGCCAUGCAAUGUGACUUUGUUGGAGCAGACAUGGUUGAUCAGACAGAAGCCAGGGUUGGUGAGUCUGGAGACCUUCAGUAUGAGCCAACCUGCUUUGAACUCACAGGAAAGGAGAAAGCCUGGCAGAGAACAAUACAAACUAUUCAACAACAGCUCAGUGAGGAACAUAAUUUGCUGGAAUUCCUCAUCAAGUCAUCAUUUAAUGGAACACCAAAGGGUCCAAGGAUUGUUGACUCCAGAGAUCCUCCAAAUGCCUGCAGGAUUCAUGGUUCACUGAAACUCAACAAAGUAGCAGGGAAUUUACACAUUAUGGCUGGGAAACCAUACCAAUUUUCAUUUGGCCAUGCCCAUGUACUUGCCUCAAAGGAUCCUAAAGUGUACAAUUUCUCUCAUCGAAUUGACCAUUUGUCGUUUGGAGCACUGAGCCCUGGAUUAAUCCAUCCACUAGAUGGCACUGAGAAAAUAACACAAUCAAAUAUGCACAUGUUUCAAUAUUUCCUCGUCGUGGUACCCACUGAAAUAAACACUUUCAAGUUCUCCACAAACACUCAUCAGUAUUCAGUCACGGAGCAGGGAAAAGAGCUAACAGGGAAAAGAAAGAGGCAUGAAAUACCAGGCAUUCUGCUGAAAUAUGACAUUAGCUCUCUUAAGAUCCUGAUAUCGGAAAAAGGAAUGCCCACCAGCCAGUUUCUCAUUCGCCUUUGCGGCAUAAUCGGUGGAAUUUUUACUACUGCAGGACUGUUACAUAACUUAUGUGGGUUCAUUAUUAAUCUUCUUUGCUGCUAAUGCAAGCUCAGAACAGAUUAAAGACCAGAAUGAAGUUCUGCUCCAACAAAAUGAUACCAGCAUGAAGCAUACAUCAGCAUAUGCCCAUCAUGUUUAGCAGCACAAUAAACCACUAAUUUUAAUGAAA